ACACACACACACAACCAUUGCUCAGAAGCAGAGUUGCAAUGGUGGUCGAGGAGAAGGAGAAGAAGCAAAUUCAAGAUGGCGGAAGGAUUGUGGUGGUGGAUCCAAAGCCGAGUAAAGGAAUAGCUUCGCGAUUCGUCGACUUUGUGGAGAAGCUGAUAGUGAAGUGGAUGUACGAUUCUUCACAGCCUCAACACUACUUAUCUGGGAAUUUUGCUCCGGUGAUCGAAGAGACUCCACCUUGCGAGAAUCUUCCUGUCCUAGGAUAUCUUCCGGAGUGCUUGAAUGGGGAGUUUGUCAGGGUUGGGCCUAAUCCAAAGUUCCGUCCAGUGGCUGGCUAUCACUGGUUUGAUGGAGAUGGCAUGAUUCAUGGUUUGCGUAUUAAAGAUGGAAAGGCUACCUAUGUUUCACGUUAUGUUAGGACUUCACGCUUGAAACAAGAAGAGUUUUUUGGAGGGUCAAAGUUUAUGAAGAUUGGAGACCUUAAGGGUCUGUUUGGUCUACUAAUGGUCAAUAUGCAACUUCUUCGAGCGAAAUUGAAAGUGCUGGAUGUUUCCUAUGGAACUGGGACAGGCAAUACGGCUCUCAUCUAUCACCAUGGUAAACUUUUGGCCCUUUCAGAAGCAGAUAAACCUUAUGUCCUUAAAGUUCUGGAAGAUGGAGACCUGCAAACCCUUGGAAUGUUGGAUUAUGACAAGAGAUUGCAACAUUCCUUCACUGCUCAUCCGAAGGUUGAUCCAUUUACUGGCGAGAUGUUUACAUUUGGUUAUUCACAUACUGCACCGUAUUGCACUUACCGAGUCAUUUCCAAGGACGGUUUCAUGCAUGACCCCGUACCAAUAACAAUACCGGAACCUGUCAUGAUGCAUGACUUUGCUAUCACAGAGAACUAUGCUAUUUUCAUGGAUCUCCCUCUUUACUUCCGGCCAAAGGAAAUGGUGAAGGAUAAAAAGCUAAUUUUCUCAUUUGAUGCAACGAAGAAAGCUCACUUUGGUAUACUUCCACGAUAUGCUAAGGAUGAGCUUCAAAUUAGAUGGUUUGAGCUUCCAAAUUGCUUCAUUUUUCAUAAUGCCAAUGCUUGGGAGGAAGGUGAUGAAGUUGUUUUGAUCACUUGCCGGCUUGAGAACCCAGAUCUGGACAUGGUCAGCGGAGCUGUAAAGAAAAAGCUUGAAAAUUUCUGCAAUGAGCUAUAUGAGAUGAGAUUUAAUUUGAAAACUGAACUAGCUUCACAGAAGAAACUGUCAGCAUCUGCCGUCGAUUUUCCUCGGGUGAAUGAGAGUUACACUGGCAGGAAACAACGUUUUGUCUAUGGGACAAUACUGGACAGCAUUGCAAAGGUGACGGGGAUUAUCAAGUUUGAUCUGCUUGCAGAACCAGAAACUGGGAAGAAGCAGCUUGAAGUUGGUGGGAAUAUUCAAGGCAUAUUUGAUCUUGGGGAUGGAAGAUUUGGUUCAGAAGCAAUCUUUGUCCCCCGUGAGCCGGGUAUCUCGUCUGAAGAGGAUGAUGGCUACUUGAUAUUCUUUGUACAUGAUGAGAAAACUGGAAAAUCUGCAGUCAAUGUAAUAGAUGCAAAAACAAUGUCAGCUGAUCCUGUUGCAGUUGUUGAGCUACCACAUAGGGUUCCCUAUGGAUUCCAUGCAUUCUUUGUGACAGAGGAGCAACUUCAAGAACAGGCAAGGCUGUGAUCACAAACGCAGUUCAAAUCAUAUAAAAUUUCUGUCGUAGAGUAUAGCUUAAGUAGGCAUCAGCAAGCCUCAUCCAAUUGCAUAUUUCUGUUAUCUCUUCACUCUUUAGUAUAUGACCCCAAAACUCUGUAUAAGUCCUGUCUGGGGAACAACUAUCCAUGGCUAUCAGGAAUUUAUAUUUUCUACCUCUGCCCAUUAAUGUUUCUAGAGGUCAAUAUUUUGGUUAUACCAGACAAUUAAAGCUUGAUAAAGUAACGUUCAGUUUCUAAGUCCAAAUCUCAA